UCUCCGUCGCCACACAACCGGAAAGUGUGCAGUUGGUGCAUGGAGUGAUGCAUCCUGUUCACCGGUACGAUCUUCGGCAAAGUCUUGACAGCUAGCAGGCAACUCCUCAUCGCUUCAAGCAAAACUGGCGGAACUGGGGAGGAAAGGGGAGAGAUUCAACUCCGGCCCCCCCUGCACUUCCUGAAGAAGAGUCAGCCAUGGAUGACGACUCCUCCUUGCACAAAGUCAGCAGUUCCACAGAGUCUGUGGCCACGGUCACCAGUGAGGAGUUUGUUCUGGUACAGCCUAGUGCAAAUGGAUCACCGCAAGCCUCGGAGGGAAAACCGAAGCUCAAGAUGUCUUGGAAUGGUAGUGAGCAGCUGGAGAAAGCAAUGGAGGAGGUACUGGAUGAUGAUGAUGCUGCUGCUGAUGGUGAUGAAGACGAUGAGGACGUGAAGGUGGAGAAGAGUAGUGUGGAAAAGAUGGAAAAGCACAUCUACCCAGAAGUUCAAGUCCUGGAGCGCCACCCAGCAGAGGUAUCAUCACCCUGUCCAGCACCAGCGAGCCCCACGACUCAAGAGGAAGACAGUGUGCAAUUCAACAAGCUGUCCUACUUGGGCUGCACUUGGGUCAAAGCUCCUCGUAAUGAAGCUGAGGCACAGAGGGCAAUGGCGACCUUGCGGGCUGAGAGUGCCAUCCCGAUCCCCAUCACCCUGCAUGUACCCUGCGGACCAGAGGGCUCCGUGAGGGUUGUGGACCAGGCUUCGGGUACAGAGAUUUGUUCCUUCCCCAUAUACAAGGUCCUGUUUUGUGCUCGUGGACGGGACGGCUCUGUGGAAAGUGACUGCUUUUGCUUCACUGAGAGUUAUCGGAGCUCCGAAGACUUCCAAAUUCACGUCUUCUCCUGCCACAUCAAGGAGGCGGUAAGAUGGACUUACAGGCGCACUGCAGCCAAGCACUGUUUUUCCUCACUUCACGAAACGUAUGAUGCAAGCAUGCAAAAUAAUCCCAUAUACGAUACUUUGACAUGUGGUUGUCGGAUUAUGUUGAAUAAUCCAGUCUCUCUUCCUUUUCACAGUCCAGUCCCCAAGGACAGAGACAAAUUGUAUUUCAAGCUGCGACAGAAUGUUCAGAAGAAAGUCCUGAUUACAGUACAGCAAAUUAGCAACAAAGAUCUUGGCAUUGAGAGGUGUUUUGGAAUGCUCCUGAGUCCAGGCCAGAAGGUUUGCAAUAGCGACAUGCAUCUGCUAGACAUGGAGUCGAUGGGGAAGACAUCUGAUGGAAAGGCCUAUGUGAUCACAGGAAUAUGGAAUCCCAAUAUUGCAGCUUUCCAGCCCCUCAAUGAAGACGCGCCUAAAGAUAAGCAAGUGUACAUGACGGUGGCUGUGGACCUGGUCGUAACCGAGGUGGUGGAGCCAGUUCGCUUCCUGUUGGAAACUUUGGUCAGGGUUUAUCCGUCCAAUGAACGUUUCUGGUACUUCAGCCGUAAGACCUUCAGCGAGACUUUCUACCUCAAACUUGGACAGCAUGCUCCAGAGAGGACAGGUCAGAGUGAUGCUAUGUACGAGGUGGUGAGUCUUCUGAGGGAGGCAGAGAGAAGCAAUGAAGGCAAAGGACAACCGGCCUCGCCCACUGAGGAGGAGGAGGCGGAUGAUGAUAGUGACAGUGAAAUCUCCAGCGGGACGGGAGAUGUUUCCAAAGAUUGUCCUGAGAAAAUUCUGGAAUUGUGGGGAGCAAUCCUCAAUAGAUGGCAUGGGAACCUGUCCAGUCGUCCGAAGGGUUUGCACCCACUGGUCCGUAGUGGCAUUCCAGAGCCGCUGAGAGCUGAAGUAUGGCAGCUCUUGGCCGGUUGCCAUGACAACCAUGACCUGCUUGAACACUAUCGCAUCCUCAUCACCAAGGAUUCGGCUCAGGAGGGAGUGAUCACUCGAGACAUCCACCGUACCUUCCCUGCCCAUGACUACUUCAAAGACUCUGACGGAGAUGGACAGGAUUCACUCUACAAGAUCUGCAAGGCCUAUGCUGUCUAUGAUGAGGAAAUUGGAUACUGCCAGGGUCAGUCAUUCCUUGCAGCUGUCCUGCUGCUACAUAUGCCUGAGGAACAGGCCUUUUGUGUGUUGGUGAAAAUCAUGUUCGAGUAUGGCCUCAGAGCUCUCUACAAAAACAACUUUGAAGAUCUUCACUGCAAGUUCUAUCAGCUUGAGAAGCUCAUGCAGGAACAGCAACCCGAACUCUGGUCCCAUUUCCAAGAACUGAACCUGGAGGCACACAUGUAUGCCUCCCAGUGGUUCCUCACCCUCUUCACUGCCAAGUUCCCCCUUUGCAUGGUUUUCCACAUCACUGAUCUUCUGCUUUGUGAGGGUCUGAACGUCAUCUUCAAUGUUGCCUUGGCUCUGCUCAAGACAUCCAAAGAGGAUCUCUUGCAGGCAGACUUUGAAGGCGCUCUCAAGUUCUUCAGAGUCCAGCUUCCCAAACGCUACAGAGCUGCAGAGAAUGCCAGAAGGCUGAUGGAGCAAGCUUGCAACAUCAAGGUUCCAACCAAGAAGCUUAAGAAAUUUGAGAAAGAGUAUCAGACGCUGAGAGAGAGCCAGCUCCAACAAGAGGACCCCAUUGACCGAUACCAGAGGGAGAACCGCCGUCUCCAAGAGGCCAGUAUGCGGCUCGAACAGGAGAAUGACGACUUGGCCCAUGAACUGGUCACCAGUAAGAUUGCCCUCAGGAAUGACCUUGACCAGGCAGAAGACAAGGCCGAUGUUCUGAACAAAGAGUUGCUCAGCACAAAGCAGCGUCUGGUGGAGACGGAGGAGGAGAAGAGACGACAGGAGGAGGAGACUGCUCAGCUGAAGGAAGUUUUCCGGAGGGAGCUGGAAAAAGCCGAGGUGGAGAUCAAGAAAACCACAGCCAUCAUAGCGGAGUAUAAACAGAUCUGUUCCCAGCUUAGCACCAGGCUGGAAAAGCAGCAGGCAGCCACAAAAGAGGAGCUGGACAUUGUCAGGAGUAAAGUCAGCGGUUGCGAGCACUGUCGAGAUCUUUUCAGCACCCUGGGGUGCCUGCAAGUGUCGUCUCCGGGCGGUGACAACGCAAGCUCCGAACCGUUGGACGAGGAGAAGGACGGACUGAAGGAGCAGCUCAGGCAGAUGGAACUGGAACUGGCACAGACCAAACUGCAGCUGGUGGAGGCCAAGUGUCGCAUUCAGGAACUGGAACACCAGCGAGGAGUCCUGAUGAAUGAGAUCCAGGCAGCCAAGAAUUCUUGGUUCAGCAAAACUUUGAGCUCCCUCAAGAGCUCGGCCUCAUCUUCGUCCACCUCCUCGUCCCAGAGCCCGUGUUCUCCAAAGGAAGGCCCCGCCUAGAGUCGCUCCCCUCAUCGCCUCAGUAAAGGAUCACACAGCAGAGAAAUGCGGUGUUCCUUUUCCAAACUGUCUGGACUGUGCCAAGAUACAAGAGGGGAAGGUGAUACAAAGCGGAAGACUGAGUCAAAUCCAUCCCGUCUUGGCCUCCUUUGCAGGUGAUGGACUUUCCGUUCCGUUCGCUCCGUUAUAGCCCUCGAACCUCGCUCAAAUGCUGGAUGGCUUGUUAGUGAGGUGAUCCUGCUUUUACACAAUUCGGGUGAUUUCAUUUGAAUUCUACUGUGUUUUCGGGAGCCCUAUGCUAGGCGCAAAAUUAAGAAUAUUGUCGUCUAUGGUGACACAAGAACAGCCUGCUGUAUGUUGUGAUCUGAAAGACAGCUAAAGCUCCUCCGUUAAGGAAAUAACUGCAAAGAGCUGCAACCCGGAACAACACAACAUUUGUGUUUCUUCUUUCUAGAAUUCUAACGUAAUGUCCUAACAAAUGUAUUUUUUUUUAAAUAACCUUGUUCAUUUCUUAAAGGGGUUGAGAAAGAUUUUUGUUUUUUUUUUCUAAAGUUUGAAAUGUUGUUGUAAUCUCUGUGAGCACAGUAUGUGAUCGAUCGUUCUGGUCAAGUCCAAACGCAGACGCGCCAAAACGACAUCUGCAGACUCUCUUCAGCCUGUUUCACGUCUGCCUGCCCCCACUCGGGGGUUUUAUUGAACUCCGCCUGUCUCAUCCCAAUCGACAUUUCAUUCACUAUCCACACAUCCAGUUGAUGCCUGCAAGCAUUUCAUUUGCGUUCCGAAUGAAAACAAAGUCCUCAAAAGAAGCCAUCGCUUUGUGAAGCAGGUCCUUUGCUCUAAACACAAACUAAGGGGGCAUGUUCUUCCCCAUUCAACAUAUCUUCCCCACCCUUUGAUCCUGAAAUUCUGUUUUUUAAAGAUCUAACGGUCACAGAUUGCUGCCUAGCUCUGCUUCACGUUGGCUGAAGUUUCACCGGUUAUUGAGUUUUGAACAGGUCGCCAAUGGUCCAUCUUAAUUGCCAAAAUUCAAAAAAUACAUUUGCACAACUGCACCAACACCUCGUUUGCUUUUCAGAUUAUGAAUAAGGAAAAUACCUCCUACUGUUGUGGAGACGGAGCACCCGCAGUGCAUAAAUGGGAGCUGCUUUGCUCAGUGCGCACAUUUAUAAAGCCAACUACAAAAAAAAAAAAAAAAAAAUCUGAUUUUAUGUGCAGGAAAGUUUUAUAGUAAAGUUUUUUUUGUUUUUCUGUUAGUAAUUUUUAUGUAAACAGAGUGACUGGACAAAAGAUAGCACAGGGACGUGGUGGUCAGCAUGUCUGCCUCUGUGGUUUGGGGUUCAAAUCUGGACUUUCUGCCUUCCCAUGUGGGCUUUUGUGGGUUUUCUCGGCUGUUCCGACUUCCACCCACAUUCCAAAAACAAGCAUGAUAGGUUCACGAAAUAACUGAUUGUCCAUAGGUGGGAAUGUGAGUGUGAAGAGUUGUUUAGUUUUUCUUUGAAUGUGCCAUGUGAUUGGCUGACCAACCCAGACUACACAAAGUCAGUCGGGAUAGGCUGCGACUCUAAUGAGGGCACGUACUAUAAAAAUGGAUGGAGAAAGAGAAUUGGAAAAGAUCCUUAGCGCAUCAAUCAACAAUUGAAAUUUAAAAGAAAAGCUGUAGCUUUAGCGGUUCACCGGCCGAGUACUCCAUUUUUGAUGCCAACAGGUUCAUUUUAUCCAUACUGGCAUUGCUGUCUGCCUUUGGAAUGUCCGUAUGUGCCCGCAUGUCGGAAUCUUUUCAACUGGCUGCCUUUAGUCGCUGGCUGAAGCGGUUGGUCGUGCCAUAGCAGCCUCCCUGGUCCCGUUGGGUCCUGUUGGACUUACCCUCAGUGCCAAUCACUUCGCUGGUGGCCAUCAAUUCGCCUAACUGGACCAAAUGCACCAAAGGGAGACGCUGACAUUUCCAUUCACAUUCCUUGUGCUUUUGAAACGGUUGCAGAGUUGUGACCAUCCCAACAACAAGCGGUGGUGUCAUGUCAACAUUUACACACACUAACAUUAUGAGAAAAUGUCGGUUGGUUUCAGAGUUUUAUGAAGCACAGAACAAUUAUUUUAGCUGAGGUUACAGUCAGGACGGCUGCCAGUUUAUGAUUCACCCUCGACUGUUCACUUUGAGAGACUAUUAAUGUUUGCUGUUAAGUCAAUGUCUGAUCUGCAUUAAUAAAUGUCAGUGCUUCGAGCCAUUUGUGCCCUU